AUGGAAAUUGGCAAAGGGGAUGAAGAAAUGACCCUAAUUAGGAAAAAAAGAAGUGCCAAUAAAGAGGAUAACCACCCCUCUGCCCGUUGCAAAAGGGCUAAGAGAAACCCCGUGGUUCAGGAGUCUCAAGAGGCAGAGGUAGGAAGCAGCAAUAAUGAACGGAAUAUCAACAAUAUUAAUGUGCCAGAGACAUCCAGUGGACCAGGAAGCAGCACAAACUGGAUCGUUAAUGAUCCCAACCCGAGGAUCCCUCAGUCGUUCAAGGAGGAGUCUGACGUAUCCCAGGGUCCUUACUUCUGCAUCAAUCAGGUCUUGAGGGAGGCUCACUUUAACAGCCUACAGCGGCGAGGACGGUCUCCAACCUGA